UAAUUUAACAAAAACAGUGAUGUUGUUAUGAGAGAAACCGGCAUUCGAAAUCUAAAUAAAAAUAAAUUGAAAGAUGGAUGUUUUAAGCAUAUUGGUUGCAAUAACUCUGAUACAUUGUUCAUUAUUCUUUUUUGAUAUAUUUUUUAAGUCUUGUUCACAUUUUCCGUAUUUCUAUUUUCUGGAGAACACUGGCUUAGAAAUUCAAUUUUUGAGAAUAAAGUGGUUUACAACUGCUUUCAAUCGCAAAAUUAUAAAAUGGGGAAUGGAUCGUUCUAGAUUUUGGACUGCUUGGUUCAAUGCUGGUGUCAUUAUCAGCAUUAUACUCUUACCAAUAGCUACUAUCAUUAUUUUAAAGAUGACAUUUAAUUUGUGGCUGGCUGGAUCUUCAAGUGAUAGUAGUUCAGGAGUUAUAUUAGAACCUAUGUUACCAGGUGUGGAUGUUCCAUUCAAUGAAAUGGGUUAUUAUACAAUAACACUAGCAAUAUGUAGUAUAGUUCAUGAAUUAGGACAUGCCCUUGCUGCAGCAGAAGAUGUACAGCUUUUCGGUUUAGGAAUUUUGAUUGUUUUUACAAUUCCAAUAGCUUAUGUAAAUAUAAACAAUGAACAACUAGUCGCAUUGCCAUUGAAAAAUCAGUUACGCAUUACGUGUGCAGGAAUUUGGCACAAUAUUAUUCUUGCUACAGUAGCAGCAGCAAUUCUUGUAUUUUCUACAUGGCUAUGGGCACCACUUUAUAAUGUUGGCACUGGAGUUUAUGUGAAGAAUAUUUUACCAAAUUCACCAGUAUUAGGACCAACUGGUCUUUUGGAACAUGAUGUAAUAUAUAAAUUAAAUAAUUGCCCUAUAAAGCAUAGUGAAGAUUGGUAUGAUUGUAUAUUGCAUACAGUGCAACAUUCAACUCCUGGUUAUUGUGUUAAACAAUCAUUUAUCCAGGAUUAUGACGAGUCAGUACCAGCUAAGCAGAAAGCAAAUGGAGCUGUAAAUUGUUGCACAACUGAUAGUGAAAUGGGUGGUAGUUUAUGUUUUGAAUAUAUUGAAGGGCCGCAAGCUGCUCCUCUUCAUUUACCACCACAUUCUUGCCUUCCAGUGAGAGCAAUGAUUAAUCAGUCACAAAAUUUCUGUCAAGCUAGUCACGAAUGUUUAUCUCAAGAUACUCAUUGUAUGAAACCUUCCUUAGAUAAUGUAACAAAGAUUGUACAAAUAAAGAGGAAAGUAGGUAAAGAUGUCCUAUACUUUGGACAUCCAGCAGAUAUUUAUAGGACUGUUGAUGUAUCAGAUUGGAUACCAAAGUAUUCUUUUGUAUACCCCAAAUUGCCUGAAUCAAUGGCAUUACUUUGCAAAUACAUCACAGUAUUCUCAGCAGGGUUAGCAAUUAUUAAUAUUGUGCCUUGCUUCUUUCUGGAUGGUCAAUAUAUUAUAAACAUAGUUGUACUUUAUUUAUUGAAUUCCAUGCCACAUAACAAAAAUAUCAGAGAAGCCACAAUACUUACAAUUACAAGCAUAGGUACAUUACUUCUUACAAUAAACUUAAUGUAUUUACUUAUCAAUAAAUUACUAUGAGUAAUCAUA